AAGUCCUGACACUCAGUGUGUCAGUGUUUGCAGGUGAGGUGAUCCAGCUCAGGUGAAGUCUUCAGCUCCACUCUGUGAACUCCUGGAUUUGCGAGGAGAACCAGGACUCAGCGUCACUGCUAGCAAAGAUGAAGGAAUCUCUGCAGACACAGCUUCUGGAAACACUGGGGGAUUUGGGAGCGAAGGAACUGAAAUAUUUUAAGUGGUAUCUACAGAAACCUGAGUCACUGAACGGUUUACCAGUCAUCCCAAAGAGUGAUCUUCAGACAGCUGAUAAACUGCAAACAGUGAAUUUGAUGACAAAUAAAUACAGUGAAGAUGCUUUGGAAGUCACACGAAAGAUUUUGGACAAAGUCAAGACUCAUACAAGUAAACCUUCUCAAGUUGUGGAGAGACAAAAACAGCCAGACCAGACAUUUUUAUCAGAAGAGUCUCUUCGACAGUGUCAGUGGUGUCUCAAGUCUAAGCUGAGGGAGAAGUUCCAAACUGUCUUCGAGGGAAUUGCCAGAGCUGAAAAAGUCCCACUUAAUCAGAUCUACACAGAGCUCUACAUCACAGAGGGAGGGACUGCAGAGGUCAAUGAUGAACAUGAGGUCAGACAGAAUAAAACAGCAUCCAGCAAACCACACAGACCAGAAAUGACAAUCAUACAGGAAGACAUCUUUAAAGGCUCACCCCAAAGAAUCAAACAAAUCAGAACAGUGUUAACAAAGGGAAUGGCUGGCCUUGGGAAAACAGUCUUAACUCAGAAGUUCAUUUUGGACUGGGCUGAAGACAAAGCCAACCAGGACAUUAAGUUUAUAUUUCCAUUCACGUUCAGAGAGCUGAAUGUGGUGAAGGAGGAAAAGUUCAGCUUAGUGGAACUUGUUCAUCACUUCUUUACUGAAACCAAAGAAGCCAGAAUGUCAAAAUUUGAUGAGUUCCAGGUUGUGUUCAUAUUUGAUGGUCUGGAUGAGUCUCGACUUUCUCUGGACUUCCACAACACUGAUACCCUAACUGAUGUUCAACAGUCCACCUCAGUGGAUGUGUUGCUGACAAACCUCAUAAGGGCAAAACUGCUUCCCUCUGCUCGCCUCUGGAUAACCACACGACCUGGAGCAGCCAAUCAGAUUCCUCCUGACUAUGUUGAUAUGGUGACAGAGGUCAGAGGAUUCACUGACCCGCAGAAAGAGGAGUACUUCAACAAGAAAUUCAGAGAUGAGGAGCAGGCCAGCAGGAUCACACCCCACAUCAAGACAUCACGAAGCCUCCACAUCAUGUGCCACAUCCCAGUCUUCUGCUGGAUCACUGCUACAGUUCUGGAGGAUGUGCUGAAAACCAGAGAGGGAGGAAAGCUGCCCAAGACCCUGACUGAGAUGUAUAUCCACUUCCUGGUGGUUCAGGCCAAAGUGAAGAAGGUCAAGUAUGAUGGAGGAGCUGAGACAGAUCCACACUGGAGUCCAGAGAACAGGAAGAUGAUUGAGUCUCUGGGAAAACUGGCUUUUGAUCAGCUGCAAAAAGGAAACCUGAUCUUUUAUGAAUCAGACCUGAUAGAGUGUGGCAUCGAUAUCAGAGCAGCCUCAGUGUACUCAGGAGUGUUCACACAGAUCCUUAAAAAAGAGAGCGGACUGUACCAGGUCAAGGUGUUCUGCUUCAUCCAUUUGAGUGUUCAGGAGUUUCUGGCUGCUCUUCAUGUUCAUCUAAGGUUAAAAAACUCUAAAGUCAACCUGCUGGAAGAACAACCAACCCCCCAACAGUCUGAAAGAAGAGAAGAAUCUGUAGAGACACGUGUCUAUCAGAAUGCUGUGGACAAGGCUUUACAGAGUCCAGAUGGUCACCUGGACUUGUUCCUUCGUUUCCUCCUGGGUCUUUCACUGCAGACCAACCAGGCUCUGCUACAAGGUCUGCUCAAACAGACAGAAAGUAGUUCACAGAUCAAUCAGGAAACAGUCCAGUACAUAAAGGAAAAGCUCACUGAUAAUCUGUCUGCAGAGAAAAGCAUCAAUCUGUUCCACUGUCUGAAUGAACUGAAUGACCAUUCUCUAGUGGAGGAGAUCCAACAGCUCCUGAGAUCAGGAAGUCUCUCCACAGAUAAACUGUCUCCUGCUCAGUGGUCAGCUCUGGCCUUCAUUUUACUGUCAUCAGAAAAAGAUCUGAACGCGUUUGACCUGAAGAAAUACUCUGCUUCAGACGAGGCUCUUCUUAGGCUGCUACCAGUGGUCAAAGCCUCCAACAAAGCUCUACUGAGUGACUGUAACCUCUCAGAGAAAAGCUAUGGAGCUCUGUCCUCAGUUCUCAGCUGCCACUCCUGUAGUUUGCGAGAGUUGGACCUGAACAACAAUGACCUGCAGGAUUCAGGACUGAAUCUUCUAUCUGUUGGACUGGAGAGUCCACAUUGCAAACUGGAAACUCUCAGGCUAAAUGGCUGUAACCUCUCGGAGAGAAGCUGUGGAGCUCUGAUCAGAGUUAUUCAAUCCUCUAAUCUCAGGGAGCUGGAUCUGGGUAACAACAACUUGCAGGAUUCAGGAGAAAAACUACUCUCAGCUGGAUCGGAGAGUCCACAUUGUAAACUGGAGUCUCUUAGAUUUGAUCCUGGUGGAGUCCGAUGGCUGAGGCAUGGUCUGAAAAAAUAUUCCUGCGAACUCACAAUUGACCCAAACUCAGCACACAGUAGGAUCAAGUUGUCGGACAACAACAAGGUGGCUGUGUAUGUAAUGGAGGCUCAGUCAUAUUCUGAUCAUCCAGACAGAUUUGAUCAAUAUCCUCAACUGCUGUGUGGAAAUAGUCUGACUGGUCGCUGUUACUGGGAGGUCGAGUGGAGAGGAAGGAUUCAUAUAUCAAUGAGUUACAGAAGAAUCAGAAGGAAAGGAGACAGUAACAACUGUGUGUUUGGAGGAAAUGAACAGUCCUGGAGUCUUUUCUACUAUGAUGGUGGUUACUCUGUCUGUCACAAAAACAAAGAAAUAUCCAUCACCACCAUCUCCUCCUCCUCCUCUGUCCCUAACAGAGUAGCGGUGUAUGUGGACUGCCCUGCUGGCACUCUGUCCUUCAACAAAGUCUCCUCUGACACUCUUAUCCACCUCCACACCUUCAACACCACAUUCACUGAACCUCUUUAUGCUGCAUUUGGACUCUGGUCUCCUGGUUCCUCAGUGUCUCUGUGUUCCCUGGAAUAAAGAGGUCUCGUCUGGUCACCCUUGACCAAAAACUUCA